AUGAUGGGUUCUCAAGGACUUACUGACGCAUCAAAGAUAGCCAUUUUGAAUGCAAACUACAUGGCGAAACGAUUGGAGAGUUAUUACCCAGUUCUUUUCCGCGGAGUCAAUGGAACAGUUGCUCAUGAGUUCAUUAUUGACUUAAGAGGAUUUAAGAAUACUGCUGGAAUAGAGCCUGAAGAUGUUGCGAAACGUCUCAUGGACUAUGGAUUUCAUGGACCAACAAUGUCAUGGCCUGUGGCUGGUACACUCAUGAUUGAGCCUACUGAAAGUGAAAGCAAGGCUGAGUUAGACAGGUUUUGCGAUGCUCUUAUUUCCAUUAGAAAGGAAAUUGCUGAGAUUGAGAAAGGAAAUGCUGAUGUUCACAACAACGUUCUCAAGGGAGCCCCUCAUCCACCAUCACUGCUCAUGGCUGAUGCAUGGACCAAACCAUACUCCAGGGAGUAUGCAGCCUUCCCUGCUGCAUGGCUCCGUGGUGCAAAGUUUUGGCCUACCACAGGACGUGUUGAUAAUGUGUACGGUGACCGCAACCUGGUUUGCACCCUUCUCCCAGCAACACAGGCUGUUGAAGAACAAGCUGCUGCAACUGCAUAA